UGUACACAUCGCAGCAAGGAACUAAACCAAGUCGGGCAAGGUGGAAUACACACUGCCGUCUAUAAGUUGCUCUUGGACAUAUAUAUUGAAGAUUGUUGACUCAAAGGAAUACAUAUACCUGGAGUGUUACCAUGGAUACCAGAUGAUGGGAUGUAUCCCCUGGACACAACAACUAAAGAUGUGACAGUGACAGGUUGGGUGUGACGUUUCCGACGGGGAAUGCUUGAUCUAUGUCGCAUGACGUGCUGGAGGAAGUACACACAGAUCACAUGACCUGCUUGUCGUAGGAGUGAUGACAGCAUUAUGACAGCACUGAAUCGGAGAGCUGUGACGGUAUGACAGUUGAAGUCAGUGCAGGAAGAUGAUACGUGUCUUGUGUCUCCCAUUGCUAGUGAAUACAGGAUUUAUACACUAUGCUUUCCCUUCAUGACCUAGUGCCGGAGAUAUGUGGGCUUUUUUUUAGGAGGAUUUAUUACUGAAAGAGGAUCAUUUCCAGUUUGUUAAUUUGUGUUUCUUUGGAAGAAUUGUGCACUUGAUGUGUUGAAUAUCUGUUUUUACAAUGUUUGACAUUUGUGAGGUGUCAGAUUAUCCAAGUAUGGUUGCUAGGAAACAAUGAUGGAGUUAAAAGUUUGGGUGGACGGGAUCCAGCGAGUGGUGUGCGGGGUUACCGUGGAUACCACUUGCCAGGAUGUUGUCAUAGCGUUUGCUCAUUCUAUGGGACGCACAGGUCGAUUUACACUGAUCGAAAAGUGGCGUGAUGUGGAGCGACCUUUGACCCCUGGAGAGCACCCGUUAAAGGUGUUGCAUAAAUGGGGAGAAUAUUCGUCAGAGGUGAAACUAUUUUUGUGUCAAUCUGAAACUGAAAAACUGAAACAGAGAGAUCGACAUAAACAACCUGACAGAUUCACACACAACUUCUCUCCGCCAAAAACACAAUCGGAAAAUGUUGUCAAACGCAAUCUGACAUUCAGUGGUGCCCACAAUAUAUCAUCCAGUCGUACCAGCCUCAUUCCUGCGAACUUGAAAAGAGGAACUUUGUUAGAGAAUGGCAUCAGUCCUCGGUCAUCAUCUCAUUCCUCGUCCUCAUCGACAAGGUCAUCACCCCAUCCUGUUCCAGCGCCAAGACAGCACUCCCCGGGGAAACCUACCGAAACCAGCACCCAGACACUCCCCGCUUCACAACGGUCAGAUUCCGGCCCUUGUCGCCAGCCAAUCACCAAUUAUCAGUGUCAGCUUUUGACCAAAACAGGGGGGAGAUCACCCUCUCCAAACACCCAUAGACGCAAUUCUCCAUCACCUAGUUCCUAUGGGAGAGGUUCCUCAAUUCAUCAUCAAUUGGACUCACCUUCACCCAGUAGACAUAGCACUUACAGUAACUUGAACACAAUAACAGCAGAGGAACAUAACUUAGAUAGCCCAAGACAUUCCCACCAGGGGAGUACAGAUCUAGAGGAGUAUGACCUAGAUAUUAAUUUUCCCGAUAUUUUACGGGAUUCCCAGUGCCCAGAGAGGGCAUCAGUGCACACAGAGUACCGACUAGAUGAUCCACAAAACAGUCAACCAGAACCGGAAAAGGCACGACUCCUCCGUCUUGUGUCGAUACAGAAAGAGAGGUUAAAAGUACAAGAAUCUCAACUGGAUGUCAUAGAAACUGAGAUUGUGUCGCUGGAGGAGAAGGAGAAUGAGUACGAGAGUAACUUCCAGAAGCUGACAAAUGAACUUAUUCAGUUGGAACAGAGGGAACAUGACGAUGAAGUCGAACUGACGGAGAUUUCAUCGAUUCAGUGGAUAGAUGUUCUUGAUGUUGCUCAGAAAACUGAAAAGCGUUUAAAUGGUGAGAUCAGUGAUCUCAAGACGAGACUUGGUGAGCUAGAAACUCAGCUGUCAUCACAGCAGGCACGAUUGACAGAGUUGGAGGGUGAGGUUGUGACGGCUCAGAAAGCGAGAGAAGAACGAGAAAAAGAAGCAGAACGUGUGAGACAAGCAAAGGAGACCCAGUGUAAGACAGACAUAGAAGACAUGAACAAGGAACUCCAAAAGGUGGAGGAAGAACAAGAGAAGGGAAAGAAGGAACUGGAAGCGUUGGAAGGAGAGAUUGCCAAAGUGGAAAAGUUGCUCAAAGUGAAAGAGACUGAGUUCGAAGGCCUAGAAGGAGAUCUGAAAAAGGUCAACUUGCAGGAAUUUGGUUCUCAGUCAUUAUCCCCAACUCUUGGCAAGUCAGCAGACAGUGGAGAGACUGUGUUGAAGAUCCUGGAGGGCCGCCUCUCCCCACGCCCGUCCAUCAGCCCCAGCACACCGACACAGCAGGCCUUCAUCAACGCCCUGGCCAGCAAGAACCCUAAUGGAGUCUGGGUGUAGUAGUCACUGGAACUCACAAGAUGCACUGCCACACCUUGUACAAGUGUAGCGCCUAGCUUGUACAGCUAAGCAUGCAGGGGUCAAACAUUGCAGUAUCCAUUCAAGUUCAGUUCUUCACAAGUCUAGUGCUAAGGGUUUAUGCUUGGUUUACAAAUGUACAUUGCAGUCCUCAAUCAUGGGCACCAUACAGACAUUGCAAUACUUGAUGCGAAGUUCCAAACCAGCAACAUCAUGAAAGCAAUAUGACCUGUCUGUGUACUUGUUCCAUAAUGUGAUCAUAGCUCUGUGAGAGUGAUACGAUUCAUAGACUGAUGAUGGCAGCUCAUGAUAGUGAUAGCAGAUGCAUUGUGGGCCUGUUUCUGGGGUGAUGACUCUCCCUUGUGUGAGGUAGAAAAACAAUCUAGGGAGGCUGUGGUUGUUGUUGCUCAAGAACUUGAUGGUGUCCGGAGCAUACAGCAUCUCAACUCGGUGCGGGGAUAGUAGGCGUAAAGCUUCCAGAGAUCAUUCAUCAAUGACUCCUGAGAGAUCAUUUACAAGAUUCACCAGGUGAUCAGGAGAGUUCAACAU